AUGAGGCAGCGGCUGAUACGAGUCCUAUUGGGCGGCGCUCUCGCUACUUACUGGGCGCAAAUUGUCACAGUCCGUGACUCACUUCCCACUACAGAGAACCACCUCCCAUCACAGAGAACCACCUCCCAUCACAGAGAACCACCUCCUAUCACAAAGAAUCACAGAGAACCACCUCCCACCACAGAGAACCACCUCCCAUCCCAGAGAACCACCUCCCAUCCCAGAGAACCACCUCCCAUCACAGAGAACCACCUCCCACCACAGAGAACCACCUCCCAUCACAGAGAACCACCUCCCAUCACAGAGAACCACCUCCCAUCACAGAGAACCACCUCCCAUCACAGAGAACCACCUCCUAUCACAAAGAAUCACAGAGAACCACCUCCCACCACAGAGAACCACCUCCCAUCCCAGAGAACCACCUCCUAUCACAGAGAAUCACAGAGAACCACCUCCAACCUCAGAGAACCACCUCCCACCACAGAGAACCACCUCCUAUCACAGAGAAUCACCUCACCUCCUAUCACAGAGAAUCACAGAGAACCACCUCCUAUCACAGAGAAUCACAGAGAACCACCUCCUAUCACAGAGAAUCACAAGAGAACCACCUCCCAUCACAGAGAAUCACAGAGAACCACCUCCCAUCACAGAGAACCACCUCACACAUGA